GGUUGUGCGCAUGCUCCUUUCGGCUUUCGGAAACUUUUGGAAGAGGUGGGAGCGGAGUCGGGAGCAGGAAUAAAGUGCGACUUUCUGAACUUUUUUGUUCCAAACAGAAGCCAUGCAGAGUGUGUUUCUGACACAAGGUGAAGCCAACUCUGUUCUGAGAAGAUUUCGAAGAAAAAAUACCCUCUUGGAAGAGUUACGACAGGGCAACAUAGAACGUGAAUGUCGAGAAGAAGUUUGUACUUAUGAAGAAGCUAGAGAAGCUUUCGAAAAUGAUGAAAAGACAAAUGAAUUCUGGACAAACUACAUAAAGGAACAAAAUGAGAGUCAAGGAAGUAGCUCUGGUGUCAAUAUGGAAUCGGUUUACCUUGUGGCUCCUCUAAUGGCAGGACUUCUUAUUAUUAUUAUUAUACUCUUUGCUAUCUGGAGAUGCCAGGUGAGAAAGGCAAAUCACAGGCAGAAUGCUUAUGCCCAGUCACAAUACCAGGCAAACCAAGCUGCCAGAAAUGUAUCAGUGGUUGUGUUUGGUUAUAAUGAGCAUCCUGUCAGUCCAUUUGAUAGAUUACAUACACAGCAACCAGAAGCUAUGACUGCUUACUGCCCCAGUGGGGAUGGACUCACUGUAGAAUCACCUGUACACUUAAAUUCAGAUCUACCUCCAACCUAUGAUGAGGCUAUUGGACAGGUCAAUAAUAUAAGAAUUAAUGAUGAUAUACAACACAGUGAGGAUCCUCCAAAGUAUGAAGAAAUUGUGACCCCCCCCAAAUGAAGCUAACAGUGUCACUGAGGUUGCCAGGAAUGUUAGGUGACAGGAUUUUUUUUUUAAACUUGCAUUUCAUCUAUAAUUAAAUGUUAAUGUUCAAUUUGACACUUUCAUUAUAUUACAAGUAGCCAGCUUUUCUUUUGUGAUGUAUAAUGCAGUUUUUACAGUGGAGUUUCAUUAUUGAAAUUAAAUAGAUAUAAAAAGUGCUAUUUGAUAAGUUAGAGGAAAGGAAAUAUGGUUCAUUUAGGUCCAGGAAAGAGAGAUUUGGAUUUAGUAUCUUUGUUGGCGGGGAAUGAAAAUAACAUGAAAUAAUCUGCACUCUUAUAAACAUUACAUUUACUAUUAUAUUUAAUAUGCUUCUGGUUGAUACAAGCACUAGGUCAGAUAAUUGAUGAGUUUUUAAUUUAAGUCAUAUUGGGACAAAAAAAGAAAUUAUUGUAAUAACCCUGGUUGACUCAUCAUUUUUCUUUUCUUUCCAAACAUAUUUGUACGGAAAAGAUAGAAGCAAACCUUUGCUGUUCUGUUUCUGCUUUAUUUUUCAUUCAUCUAGAGCUAGAAAUCAACUGGAAACACUACCAAAAAAGGAAGUAGUUAGACAAUGGCUUGGCUCUGAAUUAUCAGUGGCAUGGGGGUUUUCAGAUUGAUAAUGGCUAAUAAAGAUAAAGCGUGGUCCCUGCUGCUGCUGUAUUUCAGAGUAAUAUUAGGAUUUUGGUUACUCAAGAAAAGUUCAAGUCUUCGAAAUCUGGUGUGUUUAUGAAAUAUGUCUGUCCUUCCUUUCACCCCUACCCCAAAGAAAAUUACGUAUCCCAAACCAGACCUUCAUCCAGCUCGGGGAGGGGAGGAGGAGGAGGAUCAGUUUUUAAGGAUUUAUUUACCACCUGAAUUUUUACUGAAUUCAACAGGAAACUAUUUUUAUGUAAGCAAAUAACAGCUGAUCUGAACAGUUUUGUUUCAUCUUCUGCUCUACAUUUUUCCUGCCAGCCUUUUAUAGCUUUUGGUCAUUUAUUCAAUAGCGGAUAUGCAGUCUUGUACAGUUUCUUGUAAAAUUAAAACAUUCAAACUGUGCUUUGCACCAUGAACAUGGUAUCUCUCAAACCUUUUCUUAAAUAUGAAUAUGCAUUAUUAAAAAUCCUAAAAGUCUGUUAAUUGCUUUGUAAACCACACAAUGAAUAGUGAAAGAAUUGGGCCUCCUUGAUCAGGUUUUGUUUCCCUUUCCCCUCCACUACCACCAAAACUAAGGAAGUCCCCAAAACAUGCAGGAAAUGAAUUACCAGGCUGAUUGUUAUUUUAAAUAUAGAAAGUACAAGAUAGAUUGUUCUAAGUUCAUGUUGAAAAUAAAAUUUGGACAAGAUUAAACUGAUUUUUUUAAAUUAAAGUUCUGACCAGAUAAAUAGACAUAUAUAUUGAAUUAUCCAUAUUCAAAAUUCCUCAGGUUCAACUAAAAUGCAUGUUAAUUUUAGUUCCUAUUUGCAAAACAUGGUAUGUAUUGAUUGGAUAUGGCAAUAAUGGUGUACACUUUUGGCACAAGAAUUUUUAUCCAGACGUACAAACUUCAUAAAUUAGGUGUGAGAGUGAGUUAAAUAUCUCAGAUACAUAUUAAACUGUUUAGCUAUGUUGUAUAUAUUAAAAUGAAAGUUUUCAUGCAGUCUGGAUGGUGCCUGGUAUGCAGUAAUACACAACAAAAAAGUGCCAUUAUUGUUGAUGUCUCAGGAAACAGCAAUUAAAACUGCACGUGCAUGUGAUCUGAUAGCAUUUUCCUUCAGUAUUUGUAUGAAAUGAAACCCUCCAUAAGAUUUGUGUCCCCUCAAAUUAUGACAUUCUGUAGCACUAGAAAUGCGAGAUACUGUUAUGCAUUGGGGCCUAGCUUCAAAUAGAGUAAAAAUAACUGUCCCAGCUGGGAAACCCAUUAUCUGAUGCCGUUGCCAUUUUUAUUAUCCUUAAUGCAAAAGAUGAAGGAUAGGAACAAUUUAGGACAAUUAUUAUGGAGUUUGUGUUCACUGGAAAACAACUUUAAUCUUGUUUGGAUUGUAGUGCAUUUUUAGUUACUUAAGAAAACAGUUGAUUAGCUUGAGAUGCCAUGCCCAAAAGGCUGAUCUUUGUACAAUACUUUUUUAAACAAAGAAAAGUUGUUUUCUGUUUGAAGUUCCAAUUAAUCACAAUUUUACAGAUGUCUUCUUGGAGGUUGGAGAGGAGGAAAACAUAGCUGUCAAUAUGCCACUAAUACUAUCUUAACUGCACAUUGCCAUUGCAGUCAACUCCUAUACGUGCCUCAAUCUCCAUUUUAUGGAAAGGGGUAUUGCAGAUGAUAGAAUUACCACUAUCUACAAUCUGGCUUUUUCAGAUUUUAUGAAAAUGCUGAAAUUCUGGGAUGAAUGACACUGACUAUUCAAUAAUGGGUGUAUGCAUUACUAUGUUUUUGUAUUUAAGUUCUGAUUCAAUAUUAAUAUGCACUAAGCCAUUCAGAUAUACUGAGUAAUACAAACAGCUAUGGUUUUAAAUUUAUUGUGCCAAGGAAUCAAAAGCACUCUUGUAUUGUUAAUUUCUUCAUUGUAAAGAAUUUGAAAGAAACCAGUUAUACUUUUUAAAUGUGGCUAUUUUCUAAGCCAUGGCCAUUUUUCAGUGGUAUGUUAAUGCACUAAUUAACAAAAAAGCUUUGUAAUACAUGAAGGAAGCACUGAAUCAAAUAUAUUUAUCGCCUUAAUUUUAUAGUACAGAACUAUUUCUGUAACCUUUAGAAGACUUUGUUUUAUUACAAAACGCAAAAAUAAACUUAACUUUUAAAAGUUA